GGCUCUUUCCUGUCAGCGUUUUCUCCUGUCUUCAGACAGGGUUGAUCGAGUAGGAAUUUGGAAGCCUCCGAGAGUUUAUAGAAACCCAUUCACAAAAAUGACAUCCUGGUUAUAUGAAUGUCUUUGUGAAGCUGAACUAGCACAGUAUUAUCCUCAUUUUACUGCCCUUGGCCUUCAGAAAAUAGAUGAAUUAGCCAAUGUUACAAUGAAGGACUACUCCAAAUUGGGAGUCCAUGACAUGAACGACCGCAAACGUCUCUUCCAACUUAUCAAAAUCAUUAAGAUUAUGCAGGAAGAAGAUAAAGCAGUCAGUAGCCCAGAGUAUCCUCUACAGACAAGCAGUCUGUGCAUCAAGCCUCAGAAAUCUAGAUCUGGCCCUCGAAGGCAACUGCAUUUUGAUUCUCCUGCUGACAACAAAGACAGAACUACCAGCCACAAUCAGUUUGAACUGUGCGAUUUAUCACAUUUAUCUGCAAGUGAACAGAAGUCUAGUUACCUAAAAGUACUAGAGCAUUUGCUACCAGAUGAUUCCCAGUACUGUACAAAAACAAGAAUUCUGAAUGCCACAGCUGCUGAUUCCUACCUACAAGAAGAAACUAACACUUCACUCUUUUCAUCAAAUCACUUUUCUCCAAUACAGGGAGAUUGUGAUAGUCCCGUUAUGCAAAGAGUCUCUCAUGUUUCAGGGUAUAACUAUGGAAUCCCUCAUUCCUAUAUCAGGAGCCAGAGUUUCGGAACCCUGAGAAACUCCCUCACCAACUUAAGGCUUCCUGUUAGUGAGUCAUCCCUGUCCAAAGAGCAUUCUCUUUGGAUACCUCAAAUCAGCCAGAACCCCUCAGAGAAAGAGAAUCCUUGGACUGAGAUGGAGAAAAUCAGAGUUUGUGUUCGAAAACGCCCUCUGGGCAUGAGGGAGGUACGUCGUGGAGAAAUUAAUAUUAUUACUGUAAAAGACAAAGAAACUCUACUUGUUCAUGAGAAGAAAGAAGCAGUUGACCUCACACAAUAUAUUCUGCAGCAUGUUUUUUAUUUUGAUGAAGUCUUUGAUGAGGCGUGCACCAAUCAAGAUGUAUACAUGAAAACUACUCAUCCACUCAUUCAGCAUAUUUUCAAUGGAGGCAAUGCCACUUGCUUCGCAUAUGGACAGACAGGUGCCGGAAAGACCUAUACCAUGAUAGGAACUCAUCAGAACCCAGGACUGUAUGCUCUGGCUGCCAAAGAUAUCUUCAGACAACUAGAAGUGUCCCAGCCAAGAAGACACUGUUUUGUGUGGAUCAGCUUCUAUGAAAUCUACUGUGGACAGCUUUAUGACCUCCUAAAUAGAAGAAAAAGGCUCUUCGCAAGAGAAGAUAGCAAGCAUGUGGUACAGAUAGUGGGACUGCGAGAACUUCAGGUGGAUAGUGUGGAGCUUCUCUUAGAGGUGAUCUUGAAGGGCAGCAAGGAGCGCAGCACUGGGGCCACUGGAGUUAAUGCAGACUCCUCCCGCUCUCAUGCUAUCAUCCAAAUUCAGAUCAAAGAUUCAGCCAAGAGGACAUUUGGCAGGAUCUCUUUUAUUGACUUGGCUGGCAGUGAAAGAGCAGCAGAUGCCAGAGACUCAGAUAGACAGACAAAGAUGGAAGGUGCGGAAAUAAACCAGAGUCUUCUGGCUCUGAAGGAAUGUAUCCGUGCAUUGGAUCAGGAACACACUCACACUCCCUUCAGGCAAAGCAAAUUAACUCAGGUUCUGAAGGACUCUUUCAUUGGCAAUGCCAAAACCUGCAUGAUUGCCAACAUCUCGCCAAGCCAUGUGGCCACCGAACACACUCUGAAUACCUUGCGCUAUGCUGACCGGGUCAAAGAACUAAAGAAAGGCAUUAAAUGUUGCACUUCAGCUAGCAGUCGAAAUCGAACAUCUGGAAACUCUUCUCCAAAACGAAUUCAGAGCUCUCCUGUGGCCCUGCCAGGGGACAAGUGUUCUCCCAAAAAAGUCAAGCUGGGGCUCCAACAGUCGCUCACAGUGGCACCUGGCUCCACUAGAACGAAGGCCCAUCCUCUGGCCAGUCACCCAGCCAAUAUCCCUUUUGCUUCUGUACCUAAGGUUCCUGGUAAAAGGGGUGGCUCUAGAGGGAGUCCUCCCCAAGAGUGGGUCACUCAGACUAGCUCUAUCAAAGGAACCAUGCGGUCCGGACACUUAGCCAAAAAAAGGGCAGAAGAAUCAGCUGCAUUAUGCUCUAAGAAAAAUCCAAUCGGCAACAAAACUGCCCUCGGGUGGGGAAGCAGGGCCCCUGGCCCAGGAGGAGAAGUAGUCCGUGGUAAGCUGCCCUCCCGGUGCAAGAAAGCACAGACUGUGCAGCCAGUGCAAAAGCAGCUUGUGUCACGAGUUGAGCUCUCCUUUGGCAACGUCCACCACUUAGUCGAGUAUAGUCAGGGCAGCAAGGGGGGCACACCUACCAGGCCUGCCUCUGAAGCUUGGACAAACAUCCCUCCGCGUCAGAAGGAGAGGGAGGAACAUUUGCGCUUUUAUCACCAGCAGUUCCAGCAGCCACCUCUCCUCCAGCAGAAGUUAAAGUACCAACCACUGGAAAGGUUCUUAUGCCAGUCCCGGCCUCCAGACGGGCAGCUCCAGAAUGACACCCCUCCUCCCUUCCACUCUUGUUGUGAGAGCCAUGAUGGAGCCCAAGCUGAGGACCUUGACGACAGCGAUUUCAGUGAAGAUUCUUUUUCACAUGUCUCCUGUCAGAGGACCACAAAGCAGGGAAACACCCUGGAGAAUAGCGAAGGCUCGUUCUACCUUCAUCAGAGGGAGCAAGGUCCUGAGGAGCAGGUAGCCGAAAGGCGGCAGAGUCUGUUUUUUAGCCCCAGGACAGAAGGUGACGAGAAGGGUCUAACUGGAAGCUGGAUGUACUCCAGGGACCCCGCAAGCCACAGGAUAGCACUUGAUCACGGCCGCAGCCCAAGUCAGGUGCCCUUGGACUGGAGCAGAGAGGAGGACUCCACCUCCUCAGGGCCUCCUCCCAGAGAAAACCUGGCAGAGAAGCCUUACUGCUCACAGGUAGGCUUUGUAUAUAACCAGAAAAGGGGUGGCAGCCCAGCCUUUGACCUCAGACAGGAUGCCUUCAAAAAUGAGGCUCCUCGGCAGGCUGAGGGCAGCUCACCAUCCCUGGAGGAAGAUGGUUGCACUUUCUCACUAUCCCAUGUCACAGUUCCUGGAUCCCCAGACCAAAGAGACACGGUGAGCACACCUCUGAGAGAAGUCAGUGAAGAUAGCCCAACUGUGGCGACCAGAACAAUGAAAAACAGUAACCCUUUCCAAGGAGAAGACUCUAGAGGGGAAUUAGGCACAUGCUCUGAGCAUGCUUCUGGACUGAUGGCUUCCCUCACCGUGUCUCUCCUGGAGAGCCCAAACGAUGAGGGCUCUCCCCACUUGGAGCAGUCGGCCCAGGAUGGAGCUGCGCACAGUCUAGUGGCAGCAGACACAGGGGGGCCAGCUGUGGGCCACACAGUGUCAUCUGGUGAUCAAGAGGCAGACCUGCCAAUGUCUUCAACAACUGAUCACCUGUGGCUCUCAUCAUCCCCCCCCGACAGUAAGCCUGGGGGUGAUCUUCCAGCUCUGUCCCUGUCACCCAUCCAUCAGCACCCACCUGACAAACUGCCCAACAGGGAGGCUGACCUGGGGGCGCCCUGUCAGAGCAGAGAGACUGCACUCUUCUCCCAGGGGCACUAUGAUGGCAAUACUGAGACAGAGCUGGGCUGCUCCCAGGGUUUCCCAGAAAAACCCUUCCUCACCAUACAUACUGGGGGACCCCACUCUGGGCCUACACUCACCCCCCAAACAGGAAGUAGUGAUGUGGCUGGCCAGCCCUGGGCCCAGGAGAGAAAGCACCUGGCAGGGCUUGGCUGGCAGGAGCUGGGUUUGUCCACAGACCCCAUCAAGCUGUCUUGCUACAAUGAGGACAUCGUGUGGCUCAAACACAGGCCAAUCCCAAGGUACUUAGCAAGGCUAGGCUCUCCCAAGACUGCCAGGACACUCCGUCAGCCCGUCCUGGGGCACGCACAGCAGGUACUCAUCCGAGCACACCAGGAACAGCUGGAUGAAAUGGCCAAGCUGGGCUUCAAGGAGGAGACCCUGAUGAGCCAGCUGGCUCCUAAUGAUUUUGAAGAUUUUGUGACCCAGUUAGAUGAAAUCAUGGCUCUGAAGUCCAAGUGCAUCCAGAGUCUGAGGAGCCAGCUGCAGCUAUACCUGGCCUGCCACAGGCCAGCUGCGGCCCCUGGGAGGACAGCGGUGUCUUAGAACAAGAUCCAGUAUGUGGUGGCUGGGCUCUCGAGCUGGAGGGGCCUCUGCCAGGUCCCCCUACAGAUACCAGAACCCACUCCCUGGUCCUGCCCAUGCUGGCCUCUCCCUAGCCACAUGUGGCCUUGGCUGGGUCCCAGCUCCUCUCUCAGGGCCAAGCAUCUGUCCCUCAAUUCUAAGCACAGGAGUAUCUGUAAGGAAGGACAGAUCAGCCUGAAAAACUUAAUAGACCCCUCUCUUUUCUUUGGGGCUGGAAGAGGAUUUGCCUUUACUGACCCCUUGUCUGUGGAAACACAGGUCUAAUAACCCUGUAGAUGUUUCUAAAUUUGGGGAUCAGUGGAUGGGGGGAUGGUCAGUGGUAACCUAGAGGUUGUGUUGAGGUCACAAGCUAGGGAAGAUAACAUGCUGAGCCCAGAGGUUUUAUCAGCUGGAUUCUGUGCCUUUCUCCAGGACUUGGUCAAAAACGAAAACAUUGGUGCUAGUGGGGCAGGGGAGGGUGAGCUCUGCCCCAUCAGCCCUUGGAGAUUGAUUU